CGCGGCAGAACGGAACGUUGGCUAGGCGCGCGCUCGCUCGUCGCUCAGUUGGCAACGCAAGAAGCAGGGGGGGCAGCGACGGAGGAGAAAGAGGAGGAGGAUUGGCAGAGCCACGCGAAAUCCUAAAAAAUUGAAACAAACGGUGAAAAACGGAAGAGAGGAAAUGAGAAAUUAGUGCAAAAAAUCAAUCGAUGCGAAACGAGAGCUGGAAUAAAGCCAAUUAAAUUAUUAAUUGUAUUAAUACAAAAACGCAGAGGGGAGAAAAAAAAGCAGCUAAAAUAUGUUUGGCUGCAUUUAUCAGCUGUGGGAUUGGUUGGAGGCGCCACCGCUGUUCACGGCCGGCACCAUGGACGCCAAGAAGUUGCAGCAGCUGCAGGAGGCAGCCGUGCUGGCGCAGCAGCAGAAGAAGCUGCCGCUGGCGUAUCAAACGAAUCUCGUGGACUACCGCACGGCCACACACUCGCCGGCGGCACUGUACCACCAGGCGCUGUAUCAGCAAUCUCCCACGGCCACCAGCUCCAGCGGCGGUGGGCCGCUCUCACCGAUAGAGCUGCAGCCGCAGUCGAAGCACCACAGUCUGCUGAAGCACGGCGGCCACGGCGGCGGCACUUCGAGCAGCUCCCACAGUUCGCCCUAUCAUCAGUCAUACACGAGCAGCGGCGGCACGGGGGAGCAGAUCUACCAGUCGCCCACGGAGCGCACCUACCUGGCGGCAGCGGGUCGACUGCAGGCCAGCAAUGCGAUGGCCGGCCACAAUCCCAUAUCGGCGCUGCAGGCGCAAUACCAGCAGCUGCACCAGGCCAAGAUGCACGCCCAGUUGGCCACCCAGAACGAGGCGGCGCAUCAGCAGCAGCGUACAUUUGCCAUGCGGCAGGCAAUUAAUCCACCAACGGGCCACUAUCACAUGAGUCAGUCACCCAGCAUGGUGUCCAACAUGACGACAAUGACACAGCAGCAGCAGCAGCAGCAGCAACAGCAACAGCAGCAGCAACAAUUGUUGCAACAGCAGCAGCGAGCGCCACCCUCCACGCUGAAUCUGCCGAAUCAAUAUCAGACGACGCAGGGACCGUUGAAGUUGCAGCAGCAGCAGCAGCAACAACAACCACCCAUGCCGAAGCAUUACCAGGAGCAGCUCUAUGCACAUCAGCAGCAGCAGUUGCAACAACAGCAGCUGCAACUGCAACAGCAACAUCGCCAUAAAGCAGAUCUGCAAACCCCUGGCAGCGAGCAUGGCACCGUCUACAUUCAACAGAAUCAUCCAGGACAUGUCGUGAAUCAAGCGUGCCAGACGCAAAUCUCCACAGUGAAGCCCAAGGCAACGCCCAGCUCCGAGGAGUCCUCGUCCGCAUCCACCAAGAGUCCCACCCAUGCGCCACUCGAUCGCAAGAAGAGCGCCGGCUCCAUUCAGGCACUCAAGUCGCCCAUUACCAAGCGGCCACCCACCACGCCCGUCACCCUGUCUGGGUGGCUGCACAAGCAGGGCUCCGAUGGCCUCAAGGUGUGGCGCAAGCGUUGGUUUGUCCUCGCCGAGUACUGCAUGUACUACUACAAGGGACCCGAGGAGGAGAAGCUGCUGGGCUCUGUGCUGCUGCCGUCGUAUCGGGUGUCUGCCUGCCUGCCGGAGGACAAGAUCUACCGCAAGUUUGCCUUCAAGUGCGAGCACCAGAAUAUGCGCACCUACUGGCUGGCGGCGGAGAGUGCCGAUGCCAUGAUGCAGUGGGUGAGGGCUCUGGCGGCGGCCAGUCUGAUGCAGGCGCCCAGCAGCGGUGAGUCCGAGCCGAGUGUGAGCUCUUCGCUGAAUCACAGUGGCGAGAACUCGGACUCGGGCAUACACACGCUGCAGUCGCAGCCCAGCAAGGGACAGCCAACGCCAUCGUCGGACAAUGCAGGCAGCACGGGAGGAGGAGGCGGUCAGCCGUUGUAUGCCAAUGCGCCGCCCAAGCCGCGGCGCACCAAUGAUGGUGGGUACUCCUCCCCGUCGCCGGAGCACAACGAACAGCCGCAGCAGCAACAGCAACAGUCGCAGUCGCAGUCGCAAUCUAGUCGCCGCUUGAUGUCGCCCACGCAGCAGCUUUACCAGCAGCAGCAGCAGCAGCAAAGAUCUCAGCAGCAGCAGUCUCAGCCGCAGCAGCAUCAUGCCAUCUAUGACACACGAACAGGACACGUUUCAUCCGCCCUGCAGCUGCAGCAGGCACAGCAGCAGUACAAUUUGGAUCAUCUGGAGGCGCAGUUCCAGCAGCAGCAGCUGGACAUGGAGGAGCAGAUUGUGCGGCUGCAGCAGCAGCGUGCCGCCGAGGAGAUCUACGGCGAGCGAGAGAUGUACAUGGCAAAGCUGAUACAGCAGCGGUCCGCCAGCGGUGGUGGCUAUCCCACCCAGCAGCAGCUGCUCCAAGCUGAGCGACGCACUCCGGAUGCUUAUGGCAGAUCCAAGCAGCAGCGUCUGUUUGCUGCGGCAGCCGCUGCCGCGGACUAUGAGGACAUCUACAACAUGUCGCAGCUGGGAGGAGUCGUGGCAGGAGCCGUGCCCAUGUCCGCACAGGAGGCGCUGCUGCAGGAGGCGGCCAGCUACCGGCGGCCACUCAGUCCGCCCAGCUACGAUGGCAGCAAACAUUUGCCAGCCAUGCCCCAGCGCUACACGCCCAAUCACUUGGAGGCCCAUGCUGAUCAGCUAAUCAAUACCAUGGACCUGCGUGCCCGCUCCGCAGCGGCCAUUGUGCGUCCCCAUUCGGCGGACUUUCUGGAGUACGAGGCGCGUGCCGAGGCCGCUGCAGCUGAGGCUGCCGCAGCGGUGGCCCAGAGCAAACACGAGAGCGGACGUGCGCCGCGACCCAAGUCCAGCUUGGACAUUAAUCGCACACCGGACAGCUUCUACUACUCGGAGGCCAGCUAUGCGGAGAAGAUGCGCAAGAGUGCGCUCUAUCUGCAGAGCGGCGGAGGCGCUGGAGCGGCACAGCCACAGCAGGCGGGCAGCUACCGCACCGCUGGCGGGGACUUUGGCUCCGGCGUGAACACCAUUGGCUACGAGAAUCCCUACGAGCGAGCGUACAAGCGGCAGGAACUGCUGGCCGAGGCACAGGCCCAGGGUGGCGUUGCCAGCAGCAUGCCACGCAUGAGUCGCUCGGCCAGCCAGGGUGCGGGCUGCGGUUCCGUGGCACGUUCCGCCUCUGCACAGCAGCACCAGCACCAGCAUCAGCAUCAGCACCAGCUGCAGCAGCAACAUUCGGAGGAUCUGCCGCCACUCAAUGUGCAUCCGGGCUCCAUUUUCCCGCCCUCGAUGUCCACGCAGGAGAUCAUCUGCAAGAACGAGCAAUUCCUGCGCUCGGCCAGUGCCCGGCUGCCCAAGCGCAGCGGCGGCAUGGACGAUGACUAUUCUGCGGGCAACUCAACCACAACAUCGCCCACCUCCGGCGCCGUGCCCUCGCCGCAGCAUGCCCAGGAUGGGGAGCGCAAGCGGGAGGAGUCCAUGAAGCGGCUGCUGGAGUGGAAGCAGCGCAUGCUGCAGUCGCCGCUCACCCGCAAGGGCGUGCAGCAGGGCGGCAGCAACAUGUCCGCCAUGUCCAAGCUGGGCAGCAAUCCAAACAUUCUGCUCUCCUCCACGGCAGUGGCCAGUGGUGCACGCUAUGCCCCCCAGUCGGGCAAGCCGGCAAUCCAUGUGAGCGCGGCGACUCCCGUCGUUGCGGGCAUACAGCGUUCCCGCUCGGAGACGCAGGCAAAUGUGGGACCUGCUGGAGUCUACGCCAGCUACUCGUCGGAUGAUGAAGAUGGGACUGUGGAUGAUACAGGGUAUCAUGGUGGCGCGGCAGGAAGGUCUACAACAGAAACAACAACAAUUAAUAAUGAAAAAACAACAACAACAAUGACAGGAAACACUACAACAACAACAACAACAACAACAACAACAACAGCAAGCAAUAAUGUAGCAUUAGAAACAAUAGAAAGACUUGGCAGUAGCAACAAUUUAACACCAACAGCAGAAAAUACAACAACAACAACAGUUACACCAACAACACCAACAAUCAAUACAAAAUUCCAACUAAAACCGAUACUAAAAGUGCACGAGGCCAGCAGCAGGCCCAUUAUUCAGGUGCAGCCAAAACGGCCCGAGGAGAGGCCAAAACUGAAAUUGCAAUUGCCAGCGGCGGACAUGGUUGAGGAUGGGGAGCAGCCUGUGCCCAUUUUGCCAAAGAAAACAGCACCCAAGUCGCCGCAGAAUGCCAAUUAUGUGCCCGUAUACAACAAUAAGCUGGUCAGCAGCGGCAACUAUGAAAACAUGGAAUUUGGCAAGCCAAAACAGCAGAGCUCAGGCCCACAGUCCAGUAUGGCGAUUAAUGAUCCCGAGGAGACACCCAUGUUGAUGCAGCUAAAGCUGUUUAAGGAGCAGCAACAAGAGGCAGCCACACAAAGGCAGGAGCAGGAGCUGCAGCAGGACGAGAACGAUUUAACGCCAACGGCAGAAAGCAGGCCACCACUUGGACAGGCAGACGAUGAUGAUGAUGCUGCAACAGCACGAUUGAGGGACUCAAUACAGUCGGAUGAGGAUGCAGCAGUAUUGCCACAGGAUGAGGAUGAGGAUGAGGAUGAUGAUGAGGAUGAGAGCACCGCCUGUGAGGAGUACACAGAUGAUGAUAUUGACGAGGCCUUGGCACAGGACGAUGAGGAGAAGGAUGAGCAGCACUCCUACCCCGACCUACCCACUGAUAAGGAGCUGCAGCAGCUUUAUGUCAAUGAGCCCAUUACGCCCACGGAUCAGCAGUUCGACGAGAGUCACUAUCUGCCCAUGACGCCCAAGAAGGUCGAACUGGGUCAGCCGGGCACCCUCAGCCUGGUGGCCACGCACGACAGCUACAUGGAGGUGGAGGAGGAGAAUCACUAUGUGGAAAUGACCAAGGGCAUGCAGGACGAGGAUGGCAGAAACAACUACGAGAUCAUGUGCAUUGCCAGCUCCAGUUCGAGUAAAAUAAUCAAAGCGGAGCCUGUGUACAUGGAGCUGGCGGGGGUCAAGGCAGCAGCUGCCGCCGCUGCCGAGGAGGCGCACUGCUCCUCUGGACGUUCUACUCUCAAAAAGGGCAAGAAGUGUGGCUCGGAGACGUUGAAGAAAAAGUCCAAGAAGCGGCAGGGCAAGGACAUGCCGGACAUACUCAAGCCAGCCAAGAGUGCGCUGGCUUUGGGCAGCGACAGCUCGGAUGCGGAUGAUGAGAGCAGCCGGCAGCAGCUGGAGGCCAAGAAGCUGCGCUCCCGCUCACGUUUCAGCCUGUCGGAUACGUUCAGGCCCGCGUCCUAUUACCUGGGCGCCUCCACGCCGCUGAACAACUAUGCGGAGAGCUCGGAUAGUGAGAUACUGCCUCCACCGCCCAUUCCAGACUCCCCGCCGCCCAUGGAGGAGCUCAAGACGGAGGAGAUAUUCUCCUCGGAGCACUACGACACGGUGAAGCGGCGGGACAGCAAGGUGAAUCUGUCCUACGAGCAGCUGCCCAAGCUGCCCAAGCUGCAUGCCAGCAACACGUCCCUCAAUCUGUCCAAGGUGGAUCCCAGCACGACCCUCAAGUGCAGUCGCCUCUCGCUGCCCGAUCACUUUGCCAAGGCGAGGGCCCAACACCUGGCCACCAAAGGCACUGGCACGCCCACAGUGCUGCUGAAGCAACAUCAUGCACGGACGCUGUCCGACUCGAACUAUAGCUGCCAGACGGACAACAGUUCGUCGAGGACCUCCUCGGACCUGGAGCUGUACCGCAAGCGCGGGCAGCAGGCACGCUGUCCCAGCAACAACUCCCUGCCGCUGCGGUACGUGGGAGACAGCAGCGAGAAUGAGUCCUCCGUGGAGUUUAGGCAGAGGUCGGACUCUGAGCUGGAUCGACAGCGUUCCCGGCGGCCACUGUCCCAGGAGUCCAUCAGCGAAAUUGAAUCGCUGAGCGAACAGUUCGAGGAGACGCUCAGCAGCCACGAGCUGGACACGUACUUGAGUCACCUGCAGGGCAGGGAUCUGCUGCCUUAUCAGCACACGAGUCAUGCCACGCCCACUAGCCACAGCCAUGCCACGCCCACCAGCCAGCUGCUGAACGAUGCAAAUGCUGCGGCUGGUGCGGAUAUUCCAACGAAUCUCAUCAAGCCACCAAAGACAUUCCGCAAUGCGGACGAUGGCGACGGGGAGCAGCAUUUCUAUGGCAACAUUCACUUCCUCUCCUCCACGGACUCCAUACAGCAGCUGGGCGAGGGUGGGGCAGCUGUGGCAGCAGCAGCGGCAGCAGCAGCGGCAGCGGCAGCUUACCUCACACCUCUGCACAGCCGGAACAACAGCAACAUCUCGACACAGUCCGCGCCCUACUACUACUCGGAGCUGCCGGCCACGUUGCCGCUGAACAAUCAGCGGGAGGUACACGCCCAUGGGCAGAACAUUGCGCACAUACACAACCCCAUCGAUCGGCAUCAGUUCAAUGUGGAUGCACUGGUGGACAAGGAUCAGGCCAUCGAUAGCAAGAAUCUGUACUGCGUGAAGGCGAACAACGAGAAGCUCAGCUACAGCAGCAAUAAGAACAUGAAGGCGGGACAGGCGCAGCUGAAACUCAACAACAGGCAGCUGCUGGGGUCAGAGGAGCAGCAGCCAGAGAGCGGCAGCCCGAGUGGCAGUCAGAGCCAUCAACUAAACCCUGAACAUUCAUUUAUCACCACAACUACUAAAAACACAAAUCUCGCGCGUAAAACGAUUGGUGGUAGCCUCUUGGCUGAUGGCGCUAACAUUCCUGGUGUGGGAGCAGCAGCAGCAGCAGCUGGAGCUGGAGCUGGAAGUCCGAGAACUCCCUGCAAUAAUGGCAAUCAACUCUCAGUUCUAGGUGGCGAACUGCUCUGGGAGGAGGACACACUCUGGCGUGAGAGUCUGCGACGCGUCUCGCAGCGUCAUGCGCGCUCCUUGGAUGAUCUCGACAGGAUCACAGCCGCCGGUCCCAAGUCCAAGCUGAGUCGCGAGGUGACUUAUGUGAACGACAGCCAGAAGCCACAGCAGAGGACACAACACUCCGCCAGCGAUGAGCAUGAUGUCUAUGUGCAGCUGUCGCAGUCCACCCAGCAGCACAACGAUUCCGAUGUGUACGAGGUGCUGCGCGAGGACACUGCCUCCAAUUUGUCGCACAAAUCGAAUGAGCUGGAUCGCGAAACCAUACGACAGUGGGAUGCAAUGUCCAGUGGGCUAAUGAAAACAAGCCACAGUGUGGAGAGUGCAGCAACAGCAACAGCCACACCCAAAGCCCAACUGCCGCUGACCAGCAGCGUGCGCUCCAUCAUACAGCAGCUGAAUGGCAGUGGCAGUGGCAGCGCCCCAGACGAUGCCAAUGCAAAUCCCAUUGCUGUAGCCUCGAUUUCGGUGCGCAAUGUGAACAAUUUGCCCGUGGGUAAUCUGACGGUGAAGCCGGAGCCCAGCGAUGGCCAGCAGGAGUCCGCCUUUGCGCCGUACUAUGGCGAAACGAAGUACGCAAAGGCCACAGUGUUAACGGAUCGAGGACUCUACGCUGGAGCCACCGCCACGCCGCAGCAGCAUCCACAGCAGCAGCCAUUCCGGCUGCGACGUGCUGGCAGUCGAGCGGAAAUCGAUAUGCUGGAGCGUGAGACGAGCAGCCAGAUUAGGAAUCGCCUGCGUGGUGCUGAAGGUUUGACGCGUGCCGAGAGCAUUCAGCGCUUGGAUUACUUGAAGCAGCAUCUGCUGGACCUGGAGCGGCAGUACGAGAAGAGCAAGCCGCUGGUCAAUCUGGUGGACAAUAUGGUCAAGCUGGGCUCGCUCUACCGCAACGAUGCCAAUGGGCGCGCCCAACCAGCCACGCUGGAUCGCCUGGAGUUCAAUCAGCGCAUGCAGGAGCGACAAAUGCUGCAGGAGGAGCAGAAGCAAUGGGAACGACUCAGUCCCAAUCAAGCAGAGCUGCAGGCCAAAGUCCGCGAGCUCUACCAACUCGAUCAGCUGCUGCAGGAGGAGUCUGGCAUUUUGCAGAGCUUGCAGCGUGACAAGGAGGACCUGGAGCGUGCUCUGGGUGGUCUGCGUGCACGCAUACACGACAGCAAUGCCACGCCCAUGGCGCUGGAGGCGGCCAAGAAGCAGCAGCACAUCCUCGAGCGUGAACUGUCGCGUGUCCAUCAGCUGCUGGCCGAGAACUCAAAGAAACUGGAGCAAACGGUGGCUGGCAAUGCGCGCCUCGAGCAGGAGCUGCUGCUGCUGCGCCAGAAGGUGCAGGCCACGCGUGCCAGCAGCAGCAACGGGCUGGCCAAUGGCUUGGAUUCCCAUGCGAAUGGCGGCGAUCAGACCGCGGUGGUGCUGCAGUCCGAGCUGGAGCGUGUGCAGUCGCUGGUGGGUGACAUGCAGCGGCAGCGACACGAACUCAGCUCCGCUGUGCGCCAGCUGACGGAGAACUCGACGCGGCUGUACCAGGAAAUUGGCAACAAGGAAAUGAACAGCAGCAGCAGCGGUGGCGGCGGCGGCGGUUCCACCAAUGGCAGCCUCAAGAAGCGCAGCAAUUCGACCAGCUGGACAGAGACCGAUCUGGAUGCCAACAUGCAGUGGAAUGGCAGUCGCCAGAAUCUCAAUGAUUCCACCUUGAAUCUCUCCACGCCGCUCUAUGUGGACACCAACACCAACAGCGCGGCCAAGCUGAGCGACUACAAUCGCUACAAUGGCAGCAGCGAUGCCCUGGAAAUGAGCGGCGUGGACAGCGAUGGCUUUCUGGACAGCAAUCCGUUUGCCAAUCUGAGCAAUCUCGAGAAACAGGAGAUCAAAACGGUGCGCAUUGUGAAGCGGGAAUCGGAGCGCAGGCAUCGCGAUCGCAGCGAACGUGGCCUGAGCAGCUCCACACAGAAUCUGGAUCAAGUGCUGGAGGAGGAGCAAUACGCGCAGCAGCAGCAGCAGCACCACCAGCAGCAGCUGUAUGGCCAUGGCCUGGAGGAGCAGCUGACCAACGGACAUCACAGUCGCUCCAAGUCGCUGCCAAGGAACUACAGCGAGCCACCAAAGCCGCGCAACAGUCGCCACAUGAAUGGGGGAGGAGCAGUGAAGCAGAAUGGACACCACUACAAUGGCAGCUACGAUUACGACAGGAACAGCAACUACGAGCAUCAGCCGCCGCCACCACCAGCACCGUCAGCAGUGCCAGUGCCACAGAGCAAUGGACAUCAUCAUCAGCAUCAGCAUCAGAGGGAGCAGCAUCAGCGGGAUCAGCGGGAACACCUGAAUCCCCUGGCCAAUGCUUACUUCGCCAAGCAGCUGCAGCAGCAGGCAAAUCCCUCAAGGGACAGCGCCCGUGUGGCGCUACGCACCAAAACCGACUCCUUGCAGAGCCUCAACAAGAGCCUCACUGAACUCAGUCCGGAGCCAGUGUUCCAGAGCGUGGCUGCGCGGCAGAUCAUCAAUGAAAUGUCCGCUGGUUCGGCAUCGGAGGAUACCGAAAAGACUGUGGAGAAGGUGCCGCCGCCACACAAGCAUCGACGGGCAGUGCCACGCGAGAAGCGACGCCACUACACGGCGCCCAACAAUGUCAACCAGAAGGCCAUGGAGAAGGUGCAGGCAGAGAAUGAUAUGAAUCGGAAUAACACAAACUGGCGUGCACGCGAUGAUCUGGACAUGGAGGUGGCCUUGAGGCCGCGCAUGAAUGCGCCCGAUGUGGUGCGUUCGGCACUGGGACAGGGCGAGAAGAUAUCUGAGAACACCAUUGAUAACUUGCUGCUGGCACCCAACAAAAUAGUCAUACCCGAGCGUUACAUACCAGAAACAACGCCCGAGCUUUCGCCCGAGGAGAAGAAGCGUCGCCAGGAGAAGGUCGAGUCCAUUAAGAAAAUGCUGUCCGAGGCGCCACUCAGCAGCAAUGAAAACGAGAGCCUGCCGCCUAGCAAAAUCACAGCGGAAAAGAAGCAGCGCGAGCAUCUGCUGCAGCUGAAUCAGAUCUUGGCGCAGCAAGUGAUGCAAGUCAGCAAGAUUGUGGCCGGCAAUCCCACUAGUCACAACUAAUUAACCAGUAGCCCAGUCAGUCAGUCGUGUUGUUUAUGUUCACAUUUUUGUGUUUUUAAAAUUGCAUUUAUUCAAGCAUUUAUUUUGUUCGAGACGCUACACACCACGUACCACAUGUUGUUCACCCGGUUCGCGUUAUCAAAACACUCAAACAGCAAACACACCCAGUACAUACUUACAUACAUAUAUAAAUAUGCAUACAAAGAACGGUACACUUAAGUAACAGCAACAGCAACAACAAGAACACAACACAGCCACAGCCACAAACGGUUGAGAUUUACAGCAUGCAAAACUCUCACUCCAAAAGUAAACGCUCUCUCUGUCACUCUUCAAAACAAAACAAAACGCAAAAAUUCACAACAACAAAACAACAAAAAUACUAAAAAAAUACAACAACAAGAACAACCGACAACAAAGCAAUAGCAACAAGAACAAGUACAACAACAACAACAACAACAAAAAGAACAACUACAACAAGCACAAAGAACAACAGUUAAAAGAAAAAAACGAAUUGAAUGCGUAAGUCAAGAGAAAGCCAUGUCAAAGGCGGCCAGCCGAACGAGUCAGGGCAGCGAUGAGGAGCGAGGAUCGGAUUCACCGACCGAUUCACUGCCGCUGUACCAGCAACGGGAUAACUUCUACAGCUAAACGACUAC